UCUUCGACGGACAGCUCAGCGACAUCGAGAAGGUGCUGAAUCGGAGUACCUGCGUCUGUAAGAAAUUUGAGGAACGAUAGACACUCGCGAGAAUGGCGGCCAUCAGUUUGUUGAAUCCGAAAGCCGAGUUCGCCCGGGCGGCACAGGCGUUGGCGGUGAACAUCACUGCCGCUAAAGGCAUUCAGGAUGUGAUGAAAACCAAUUUGGGUCCCAAGGGAACCAUGAAGAUGUUGGUUUCAGGAGCUAGAGAUAUAAAGAUCACAAAGGAUGGUAACGUGCUUCUUCAUGAAAUGCAAAUUCAACAUCCCACAGCGUCUUUAAUAGCAAGAGCAUCUACUGCUCAAGACGAUAUGAGCGGUGACGGUACCACCAGUACUGUGUUAGUUAUUGGUGAACUUCUUAAGCAAGCUGAUUUGUACAUAUGCGAAGGACUACACCCAAGGGUCAUCACAGAAGGUUUCGACUUGGCCCGCGCCAAGACAUUAGAAGUGUUGAGCUCCUUGAAGAUCCCUAUUGAACCUACCAAGCAGAAUCUGAUGAAUAUCGCGAUGACUUCUCUCAGAACAAAACUUCACCGUACUGUAGCUGACAAGUUAACAGAGAUCUGUGUAGAUGCUGUGUUGGCUAUUCAACAGCCGGAUCAAGAGAUAGACCUGCACAUGGUCGAAUUGAUGGAGAUGCAGCAUAGAACAGCGGUCGACACCACUCUGAUUCGUGGUAUAGUCACCGAUCAUGGAUCGAGGCAUCCUGAUAUGCCGAAAAGAUUAGAGAAUGCGUACAUUCUCACCUGUAAUGUGAGCCUGGAAUAUGAGAAAAGUGAGGUGAAUAGCGGGUUCUUCUACAAAUCAGCCGAGGAGCGCGAGAAAUUAGUGGCUGCCGAGCGUGUGUUCAUCGAUAAUCGUGUACAGAAGAUUAUCGAGAUGAAGAAGAAGUUAUGCGACGGAACGGACAAGUCGUUCGUCAUCAUAAAUCAGAAGGGAAUCGACCCGCAAUCUCUGGACAUGCUCGCGAAAGAAAACAUCAUGGCGCUGCGUAGAGCCAAGCGCAGGAAUAUGGAGCGCUUGGCGCUCGCGUGCGGUGGCGUGGCCAUGAAUUCCGUGGACGAUUUGAAGGAAGAACAGUUGGGAUGGGCUGGCCUCGUCUACGAACACGUCCUGGGAGAGACUAAGUAUACCUUCAUCGAAGAGUGCAAAAAACCGAAUUCUGUGACCAUUUUGUUAAAGGGACCGAACAAGCAUACGCUGAUGCAAUUGAAAGAUGCUGUGCGCGAUGGGCUUAGGGCGGUGAAAAAUGCGAUCGACGAUCGUGCGGUGGUUCCUGGAGCUGGUGCCUUUGAAGUCGCGGCCAGCCAAGCUCUUCAGCAAUAUAAAGAGAACGUUAAAGGGAAACAACGUCUGGGAGUUCAGGCCUAUGCAGAGGCUCUGCUCGUCAUUCCGAAGACUCUCGCUAUUAACAGCGGAUUCGACGCGCAAGAUACAAUUGUUAAAUUAUUUGAGGAAAGAACCGCUUUAGGGGAGGCAGUGGGGUUGGAUCUGUCCACAGGAGAAGCUUUGAAACCCGUGGAUCAUGGCAUUUAUGAUAAUUAUAAUGUAAAGAAACAAAUUAUCAAUUCCUGCACGAUCAUCGCUAGUAACCUCCUUCUGGUCGACGAAAUAAUGAGAGCGGGAUUAUCUUCGCUAAAGGGCUAAAUGUUAAACGCAUCUUUCUUGUGGAAUUUAAGAAAUUCUAAGGACCAUUAAAACUUUUUUCACGAAACAAGUUAAAUUACUAAAUUAUUACUCAUUUUGCACUGCGCCUGUUAACUGAAUUUGCCAUAUAAUCUUGCUUUUAAUAUGACCACAAUAACACAAUAAUUAACAACAUAUUAAAUGUUAAUAAAGUAAUGCUUCUUUUGUAAAAAAUAUCCCGUUUUACUUGCCGAAUUCAUAGCGACAUAAAAUUUCAAGCAAAAGUACAAAGUGUCUAGGAAAGUAUAAAUUCAUAGUUAUACGAAUAAUGUGAACGUCAUAUAUUUUAAACAAAAAAACAAAAUAAAUUAUUGAAAUUAACUGAAAGGUAA